AUGGCAAAGAAAGGUGAUAUAACUCACCACUUUUAUCUUUCUUGUCUUUUUAGGGAACUUGUCCAGAGCACCUUUCCACAGAAGAAGAUCUUAUUUCAUUCCUGGUUUCAGCUCCUGCUUCUAUUUUGUGUUUUGGCCUUAGGCUUGUGUUACACCCUGUCCAGCCGCUCGCUGUCACUAUGGCAGAGCUUCCCACUGCAGGAACAAUACCAGUGGUUUUUAAACCAGAACAGUAGGGUUAAUGCACCUGCUUACCGCAUUCACCCCAAAAACAAAGUUAUAUUAAACAAAACCACUGAACCUUCGACUGUGCGAUCUACCUCCCUCCAGUACCACCAAGCCUAUCCACGCAACUACCAUUUUCUUAUGGAUAACACAGAGGUUUGCAAGAACAAGAUCCCAUUCCUGGUUCUCAUGGUUCCAGUGCAACCAAAAAAUGUGGCAGCUCGGGACGCGAUCCGCCAGACAUGGGGCAAAGAAAACAUAGUUCAGGGUGAGGUGGUACUCACUUUAUUUAUGUUGGGUGUCUCUAGAGAAGAUGAUGUUGAGAAGCUCAAACAGGAAAAUUUGCAGCACCAUGACCUGAUCCAGAGUGACUUCACAGACAGUUAUCUAAACCUAACAAUCAAAACCAUGGUGAUCAUGGACUGGCUAAGUACACACUGCCCUGCAGCAGCCUAUGCCAUGAAGAUUGACUCUGACAUGUUUCUGAAUGUUGACAAUCUAGUAAUCAUGCUAAAACAGCCGGGCAUCCCCAAGACAAACUACCUGACAGGGAUGCUUAUGUGGAACAGACCAGUCAUUCGUUCCAAGAACUCCAAGUGGUAUGUGCCUGAGGAAUUGUAUCCAGAGCCUGAAUACCCGACCUACACACUGGUUUUCAUGGACAACAAGAUGAGGCACCUAAAAGGCAUCUUCAUUUGCAUUGCAGCAGCAGUGAUUUUCAUCUUUUUCUAUCUCAAUUCCAACAAAGUGGUUAGGAACAUUCCUUAUCAACCAGCAUCAGCAGAGCCACAUUGGGAGGAUCCAGGACCAUAUCAUGUGGCCUACCCACGAAACUACAAAUUCAUCAUGGAUGACAUGCCUACAUGUAGGACCACAACUCCUUUCCUUAUUCUGAUGGUUCCUGUUGCACCCGGUAAUGUGGCAACUCGGGAUGCCAUCCGGCAGACGUGGGGAAAUGAGAAGCUGGUUCUGGGUCAGCAGGUAGAGACUGUCUUCAUAGUGGGCCUCCCUGGUGGAAGUGAUGCUAAACAUCAGCAAGAGAAGCUUCAGCAGGAGAAUCAGCUGUACCAUGACCUGAUUCAGAGCAACUUUCAGGACAGCUACUAUAAUCUGACUAUCAAGACUAUGGUCAUGCUGGAGUGGCUGGCUGCACACUGUACAAAGGCUUCCUUUGUCAUGAAGAUCGACUCCGAUGUUAUACUCAAUGUCCCGAAUCUGGUGAAACUGUUGGUGGAUCCUAGCACAGCUAAGCAAAACUAUAUGACUGGGCUGGUUUGGUGGCAUAGUCCUGUUUUAAGGAACCCAUUUAUGAAGUUCUACAUGCCUCGAUCUGUGAUUGCUGAAUCAGAGUACCCCCCAUAUCCGCUCGGCUUUGCCUACGUCAUGUCACUAGACCUUCCUGGGAAGAUCUUGGGAGUGUCACCUGAGAUCAAACCGAUCUACAUUGAAGAUGCUUACCUCGGCAUGUGUCUGAAACGCCUGGGCGUAUCUCCUACUGACCCUCCAGAAGAAACAAUGUUUCUUGUCAAUCCCAGCCAUUCUCUGAGCAGCUGCAGUCUUUCAAAGGUGAUCGCUUCGACAACAACAAGCAUCUUGCAAAUGAAUGACUACUGGGAGAGGAUCAAACGGGGAGUUCAGUGCUGAAGGUUUUCCAAAAAAGGUAUUGUUUAUAGUUAUAGGAUUUUGGAUCAAUGGAGUGGGAACCUGAAUCUGGCCAAUGGUUAAAACAAAAAUAAAAUAUUGCAUAUUUAUUAUGUGGCAAAAUGGAGACACCUUUGUUACAUCUUGCCAAAUCUGAUCAUUAGGCCAAGUUAAUAUAAUUUCCUUUCCUUUGAAAAAGGUCAAUAUAUAUUUAACUGAAGCACAGAGGUUGUGAGAGGCUUUUUGUCAGGGGUUAAUAUUAAGAGUAUAUUUAUAUAUUUACAUGUUAGAUCUUUGUGGUGAUAUUGGAUUUUCAAAUGAUAAAAUGAUACUGUAAUCACUUUUUAUUGAAGUCAGCCAGGCCUCCUUUGUCCUCAGCUCAAGUGUGAGAUGUUUAAGUUACUUUUAUAUCCUCUUGUAUUUAACUUUAGCUCUUUUGUAUUUCUGUACUUUUUACUCUCUGUGUUUGUCUUUUAUAUUUGGUGUUAUGGUAUGGAUAACACCAAAGGAUAUACAUAUAAAUAUAGGAUAUAUAGGAUUUAGGAUAUAAAUGCUGUGGUGUUUUUCCUAGUUCAUGUAACAUACUUGUUUCUAUGUCAAGUUAAACUGAUGUUAUCUAAACUAUGUUGCAUGUAUCAUCUUGAUGCAAUGCGAUAUAGGAAAAGUACCACGAGUUUAAACAAACUGGCCAGUACUGGGAAUACAGUUGUAGUUUCUCAUACUUCCACAAGAUGGCAGACUUUGAUUCGAUAAAAUUUAAGCCACAACACUCCUAACCACUUUAAACAACAACAACAACAACAGUUUUUAUUAAUGUGCUGCAUAUUUAUCAACCCCACUCAUUUAAAAGUUUGAUGUAAAUUUCUUCAAAACACAAUUAAAAUAUUUACAUUAAAUAAAAAUCAUUUUAUGUCUG